GAUGGCAGUGGCAGCGGCUCCGUGAUGCGGCGGUGUGGGGCUUUACUGCUGAUCGUACUGACGGCGGGCGUGAGCGCGGCGCUGCAGAUCCAGUGCUAUCAGUGUGAAGACGUUCGGCAGGACGACUGCUCCUCGCCAGAGUUCAUCGUCAACUGCACCGUCAACGUGCAGGACAUGUGUCAGAAGGAAGUGCUGGUCAUGGAGGAUGGGAUUCACUACAGAAAGUCAUGUGCGUCGUCGGGGGCGUGUCUGAUCGCGUCGUCGGGCUACCAGCAGUUCUGCACGGGGAAGCUGAACUCCGUCUGCAUCACCUGCUGCAACACGGCACUCUGCAAUGGCCCACGGUACAAGAGAAGAGCGGCGUCCCACGCCUGCAGACCCUCCGUCAGCCACUACACCGCCCCACUGCUCGGCCUCAUCCAGCUCUACCUCUGCUCGCACUGACCCGCACGCAUCUGAUGUGUGUGUGUGUGUGUGUAUGAAACUCACGGGACGGAGCGUAGCAUCAGAGAGCGUCUGCUGGCAGAAGCAGCUCUCACAAAUUACAGAGUCUGUCUGUGUGCUUUCCUUCAUUCUUAUUAUUAAUGGACCUGUGUGCGGGGCUUCCUCAUUUAAUCCCACCAAUCACAGCACACACACACAGAGAUAAACACCCGCGCUUCACUGACAGCAGGACAAUCCUCUUCAUCAAACAUCGUCAGCUAGAAUUAUCACUAAACAUUACUCAGCUAUCAUUUAUAUCAUUAUAGUUCUUGAUAAAUGAUACAUUGAAUUCUAUAUCAAUAUUGUAAUAGAAUCAUUUAUUGGUUGUGUUUUUCAUUAUAUGUAUAGUAUAGCCAUGUAUAGGCACAAACCUUUAAAACUGUUACUGAACAUUUUCUACCAAUGACAAAAGAUGCAGUUCACCGAACACACAUGGGCAUAUAGGGGCAUGAUGUCACACUAUAUGGGGUAAAUAGUCACAUUGAGGACAAACUAUCAUGAAACCAAAAAAAAAAAAAAAACACCAAGCUCUUGUUUUGGCUAAUUGUAAUGUAUAUAUGAAAUAAAUGAGGAGAUCUACAGCAGAGCACUUUAGCUCAUGUUCAUCAGGUCUGAUGGACAGGUGAGGAACUCAACUCUAGUCCUGAUCUAAUCACCUGGUGGACAUAUAAAGACGUCUUGCUGUUCACACUUUCAGUAAACUCUUCCUUCACGCAUUUAUGACUGUAAACCCUAUCGAUAAGAAACAGUCCUAGUCUCCCCUAUAUAUUCAUAAGUCUACUCAGUCUUUAUUAUUAUUAUUAUUUUAGGAGUAUGAGAAUGAUGCAGUGCCUCAGCUCCUCUAACUGCAGCUCCGCUCACUCUAAACAUUCAUCAACACACUUCACAUACAAACCAAACCUACAUAAUCCACAAGACCUUUCCAUCCCUUGGUUCUCCUGAUGCUCUGUAUCUUCUGUUGUGUCAGUGUUCAUCAUGUGUCUCUGAUUCUCCAGCAUCUUUUGCUCUUCAGUGACUGUGAUGUUGAGAUCAUCAUGAGGAUGGAAACCGUUGAAGAUCUGAUCGCUGGAGAUUGUGUUUGUCUGGUGGGAAGGACGUAGCGCUCUCAUGUAGCUUCUGAAUACAAAUAGGACCUUUGAUCUCCUAUAAUUGUAUGAAUGCAGAGGGUUUCUAAAGGCAAACAUAUGCACUCAGCUCCAGAUACAUAAAGAACCAGUCGGAGUUUUGGACACGUUUGAUCGAAUAUAUAUUUAAUCAAAUGUGUUUGAUUACAUGUGUGUGAGGGAUAAUAUGCAGUCAUUAUCUCAAAAUAAUGGCUUCUCAAAUAAAAUCAUG